AUGGAUUCAAACAUUCCAAAUCGUAAGUAGUGCCUACAAUACCUAAUACUGUUUUAUUAUUAUUAUGUAUGUACUAUUAGGUAGAUUGCUAUAUCUUUAUAUUUUUUCUUCUUCUCUUUCGCCUUCAUUUCAGUUAUUUGGGGUCGUUCACCUUCGUCCAAAACUUCCACUUUAACUGAUCUCUUAUAUAUAUAUAUGUACUUAUUGCCUAUUUAAUAAAAGUAUUAUUUAAAAUAUAAAACUGGUAUGCUUAUAAUAUAUCAAUUGUGAAACCAAUUAUAUAGUUUUCAUUUUCUAGUCCAAUUUAGUUAAAACUAAUAUAAAUGUUUAUUUUCAUUAAUACAAAUGUGUAUAUUUUAUAUAUUUUUAUUAUAUGUAAAUGUUAGAUUGUCCAGGCACAGAAAGUUCAUCUGCCGGUCAAGUGUCUGCGUGCCAAGGAUGCCCGAAUCAGAAAAUCUGUGCAUCUGGAGUAACUCAACUUCCUGACCCGGGCAAGUAAAAUAACAUUUCCAAUGCUAUAUUAGGUUUCAUGAAUUUUUUUUUAAUAUUAGCUUUGGAAGUGAUGAAACAUCGUCUAUCUAGUGUGAAGUAUAAAAUAUUAGUGAUGUCUGGCAAAGGUGGGGUUGGAAAAAGUACUUUCACAUCAUUGUUAGCUAGAGUUUUGGCCAGUGAAAAUGAACACAAAAAUGUAACAUAAUUUUGUUACUCUAAAAUAGUCCAAUAAUGUUUGUAUAGUAUAUUUACAAUUAUUUUAUUGUUUAGAUUGGUGUGUUAGAUGUUGACAUUUGUGGACCUUCUAUGCCACUUGUUUUUGGAGUUCAAGAUGAAAAUGUGUGUAUAAUAUUAUUACUUAUUUAUAAUUUAAAUAAUCCUACAAAUGUGUUGGGUACUAAUUUUUUUUUUUUAUGUUUUAUUUUUCCCAGGUCCAUCAGAGCGGAUCUGGAUGGUCUUCUGUGGUAAAAAAAAAAAUGUUUAUGAAUUAAAAAUAUUUGAUAGUAUCAUACAUUAAAUAUAUCAUUAUACAAAUAAAAUGUAAAUUAAAUAAACUCAUUUUUUUUCUAUUUAUUAUCUUAGUUUAUCGAAGAAAAUCUGUCAAUCAUGUCAGUUGGAUUUUUGUUAGAAAAUAAAGAUGAUGCAGUGAUUUGGAGAGGCCCCAAGAAAAAUGGUAUUGUUUUUAAUUUUGUCAGAAAAUAUUAUGACUAAAAUGUAUUAUAUAUCAUUUUUAAUUCUAGCAAUGAUAAAACAAUUUUUGACUGAAGUCGAUUGGGGCAAUACAUUAGACUAUCUGAUUGUCGACACACCACCGGGAACUUCAGACGAACAUCUGUCGUUGGUACAAUUCCUGAAGUCUACCCAUAAUUUCUCAGCAGUUAUUGUAACGACUCCCCAAGAGGUGUCACUGUUAGAUGUCCGUAAAGAAUUAGAUUUCGCCAGAAAAGUUGGAUUACCUGUACUGGGUGUGGUAGAAAAUAUGGCUGGUUUUGUGUGUCCUAAAUGUAAAGUAACAAAUGAAAUAUUUCCAAAAAAUACUGGAGGCGCUGCCAAAAUGGCACAUGAAAUGAAUGUUCCAUUCCUUGGGUCAGUUCCAUUAGAUCCUUCAUUAGGACGAUGUUGUGAUGAAGGUGUUAAUUUUGUUCAAAAACAUGCUGGAUCUCCAACAGUGACAGCAGUAAAAAAUAUUAUUGAAAGUAAGUCAAUGAGAUGUUUUAUUUAUUGUGUGAAACAAUUAAAAAAAAAAUCAUUGAUUAAUGAUUGUAUAUUUAAUUUUAACAGAUUUGACCACAAGUUUGCAAUCAAUUUGA